AUGUCCGGCUUAUCGCGAUCUAAACUUGCGACGCCGAGCGUCAGCCCGCCGUCCAAGGCUCCCAAGCCAUGGGUCGAUCCCCACACCAUGCCAGACUAUGGCGACAUCUCAGAGGUCGCGGGCAACGCGCCCGACGUCGUCAAGCGGCUGACGAACAACACGUUCGCGUCGUAUGGGGUCGGCGACGAGGGCAGCUUUGCGUACACGGUGGGCAGGGCGGUCAAGUUUGUCGAGGUCAAGGUGGACAGAAAGGAGGGGAGAGGCGGCAGGCUGGAGGCCACGACCGUCUGCGAGGUCGUCGUCGGCAAGGACAUGCUGAACGGCGCGGGCAUGAUGCACGGGGGGUGCAUAGCCUACCUCAUUGACAACACGCCCCUCCUCGUGCUGGGCCUCAUGGAGAACGUAAACGGCGUCGGCGUCACGCAGGGGCUGAACGUCACGUACCACGCGCCGGCGCCGCUGGGAACGUGUCUGCGGAUCGUCAGCACGUCCGUGACGCUGGGGAAGCGGGUGAUGACCGCGCGAUGCGAGGUCACGGACAAGGCCUCGGGGCGGAUGGUCGCCUCGGCCCUGUUGAGCAAGAUGCAGCCCAUCCCGAACAAACUGUAG